UUUCUUUUUCAAGUUUUUCACUUCCCUUUCUUUUUCUUUGGGUUGGAAAAAAUAUAUAUCAUUUUUCAUCUUUUAAGUUAAGCAAAACCAAACCAAUUUCUCUCUCUACGAACCCAUCAACUAACAAGUUGCUAAUCUAAGCUCUCCAUACUCUCUAGUAGUCUCUCACUUCAGUUGCCAACUCAUAUACUUAAAAACAGCUAGCCUGCAAAAUCCCUCUCUUCCUCUCCAUUUGAAUCUCUCUAAUCUAACGCAUCUUGCAGAAUCUAAUCCCGUUAGAAGCUAAAACAGAGAGAAGCUGAAUGAUUUUACACAAAUCUAGCUAGGCAGGACAGAAGCUUUAUCCUCAAAAUCUCAUCUUUUUUACCUUGCGUUCUCCCCACCACUGCUUCAGCUUCGGCACCACAAAUAAAGACACCCCAUUAAAAUCCACCUUACUGUUACCAGUGUUUUUCCUUCAGUGUUUCCUUACCUAAACAGUAGUACUGAAAGACCCCACUUUUUUUCCUCCCCUUUUCUGUCAUGCACUCAAGCUUGUUCCUUUUUCAAUGAGUUGGAGUUGUCUUAGCUCAUCUUCUUGGGGGGUGAAUGGGGUGUAUGUUAUCUCAGUUGGCUGCAAAGUUUGCUUUCUUUCCACCAUCUCCACCAACGUAUCAGGUUAAGAAGGGUGACAAUGGGAAACUCACGGUGGUUUCAUCUUCUUCGAUGCCUGCUCCUGUUGCCGAUGAUCCUUCUUUGGAUGUGCUUUUGAUUGACACCAAACGUGGGAACAAGAUUGUUGCUUUUUAUUUGAAAAACCCAUAUGCACGCCUUACUGUGCUAUAUUCUCAUGGCAAUGCUGCUGACCUUGGCCAACUCUAUGACCUCUUUGUCCAGCUCAAGGUCAACCUCAGAGUCAAUCUUAUGGGGUAUGACUAUUCUGGCUAUGGAGCAUCUACUGGGAAGCCAAGUGAAUCCAACACUUAUGCUGAUAUAGAGGCAGUGUAUCAGUGUCUUCAGACUGAGUAUGGAAUAAGUCAGGAAGAUUUGAUUUUAUAUGGACAGUCGGUUGGAAGUGGGCCAACGUUACAUUUGGCAGCUAAACUUCCGAGGCUAAGAGGUGUCGUUUUGCAUAGCGGCAUUCUUUCUGGCCUUCGUGUACUCUGCCAUGUUAAGUUUAAUUUCUGCUUUGACAUUUAUCAGAACAUCAAAAAGAUUCAGAAGGUGAAGUGCCCCGUGCUUGUAAUACACGGCACGGAAGAUGAUGUUGUCAAUUGGCUGCAUGGAAAUGGACUGUGGAAAAUGGCAAGGGAACCGUACGAGCCUCUGUGGAUCAAAGGAGGUGGUCACUGCAACUUGGAGCUAUACCCUGAUUACAUACUCCAUCUUUGCAAGUUCAUUUAUGAAAUGGAGAACACGACAACAGCGAUUCGGCUUAAAAGGAUUCGUGAAAGUCUCGGUCUACCAACAAGGUCAAAUACCAACUCUUCAGCUCAGGUUGAUAGGUGCUGUAAGAUUAAAAUAUGCCAACCUAAAUGCCUCAAAUGUCCAAAACCAAGGUGCGGUAAAUGUUUCUGGUGGCCGAAAAGCCUUUGUUGUUGGAAGCCCUGCAACUGUUGCUGGAAGCCGGAAUGCCGGCUGAGUUGCUGCUGCUGCUGCUUCUGCUUCAAAUGCUCAGAAUGGAGAUGUUGUGUGGGUAUACAUAAAGGGAUAAAUGGUAAACAAGAGGGCUAAUGGUGAUAUUGUGCUCUGUAUAGAUUUGCUCAACUUGCUAACAUCCCCCCUCUAAUCAUUGGCAGUAGUACACAAAACAAAGAGGAACUACCUUUUCUGAUCAUUUUUAGGGGAAAAAAUUUGAUUGAAUAUUUUCAUCAUAUUGGGGAUUCUUGAAGUUGUGAUUUUAGUUUGGUGGUUCAAAUAAUAUAAUCUCUUUUUCUA